AUGAACAUCUUCCGCAUUCUUGGCGAUCUCUCCCAUACCGCCUCGAAAUGCAUCCUCAUCUGGGCCAUGCACUCCAACAAGUCCGCCGAAGGCGUGUCGCUAUUGACACAAUUACUCUACAUCCUCGUCUUCCUCACUCGAUACCUCGACCUGUUCUGGGUCGCGCCAUGGUUCAGCUGGUGGAACUUUGUCCUUAAGAUAUUCUAUGUCACCAGCUCUGCAUACAUCGUCUUCCUGAUGAUGCGUGUGUUUGCUAGGACAAGGGAAAAGGAAUACGGGUGGAAGCUCGCUAUUUGGUGUCUUGCAGGCAGUACAGUGGCUGCGGUGCCGGUAUGCCUUCUGUUUGAAGGCUGGAAGAAGACAUCAGUCAUGGAGGUCUUGUGGACAUUCAGCAUCAUCCUCGAGUCCGUAUGCGUCCUUCCGCAGCUACUCCUUCUGCGUCAGACCUCCGUGCCUACUGUGCUCGACUCCUUCUACCUCGUCACUCUCGGGAGCUAUCGCGCAUUCUACAUCCUAAACUGGAUUGUGCGCAUCUUCACUGAUGGCUACUUCGACCCGACUAGCGUCGUUUUUGGCAUCGUUCAGACAGCAUUGUACAUCGAUUUUGCAUGGGUCUACUGGUCGCGCCAACGCGUCAAGCUACGAGGCGGCGGAGUGGUGGACAGCGAUGACCUGAGCAAGAGCUUUAUCGUGAAGCGCUUCAUCGGGAGAAAGGGCAACAGCCAAAAUAGCACGGAUGAAGAUGAUAUCGCCGAAGAAGAUGAAGCGCUUGCAAAUCAGGAAAAUGGAACUGUGAGACCAUCGAAUGCGGGGAGACCCAGCAGUGGAAACCGCUGGGGAGCAAGAGGAAUUUCAGUGAGCGCCGACGACACUCUGGCAGAGCACCUCGACAGGGAUGCACCAAUGGUCGAUCCGUCUCACUUUGAAGAUGAGGAUGAAGAAGAUGCAGACGCGCCUCCACCGCCUGCGCCAGCGAACGACCAAGGCUCCAAGAAGCCGGACGGCAAUACACAGGCUGGGGAUAAC